UCUCUUCCCUGAGAGACUACGGCGGCUCCGAGGAGGGGGAGGGAAAGUCAGGCCGCUCCCGUUCUUCAGACAGUUGUGAAAAUCGCCGGGAACGAAUGGCUGCUGCAAUUAUAGCCCCACUUGCCGUCGGGGGCGAGGAGACGGCAGCGGCCCGGGUUCCGGGAUCUACGGGGUUGCCGGGGAGCCGUAGCGCCGAGCGAGCUCUGGAAGAAGCUGUAGCCACUGGAACAUUGAACCUGUCGAACCGACGUCUGAAGCAAUUCCCCAGGGGCACGGCCAGUGGCUACGACCUAUCUGAUAUCACCCAAGCUGACCUGUCCAGGAACCGGUUCCCUGAGGUGCCAGAGGCAGCAUGUCAGCUGGUGUCCCUAGAGGGGCUGAGCCUCUAUCACAACUGUCUUCGGUGUCUGAACCCAGCGCUGGGAAAUCUCACAGCCCUUACUUACCUCAACCUAAGCCGGAACCAACUGUUGUCGCUGCCUCCUUAUAUCUGCCAGCUGCCCCUUCGUGUGCUCAUUGUCAGCAACAACAAGCUGGGAUCCCUGCCUCCUGACAUUGGGGCCUUGGGAAGUCUAAGACAGCUUGAUGUAAGCAGCAAUGAGCUUCAGUCCCUUCCCCUCCAGUUGGGUAAACUCCACUCCUUGAGGGAUCUUAAUGUUCGGAGGAAUCAGCUCAGCACUCUUCCUGAUGAGUUGGGAGACCUUCCUCUUGUCCGUUUGGAUUUCUCCUGUAACCAUGUUUCUCGAAUCCCAAGCUCUUUCCGCCGCCUCAGGCAUCUCCAAGUCAUUCUGCUGGAUAGCAACCCCCUUCAGAGCCCUCCUGCACAGAUUUGCCUGAAGGGAAAGCUUCAUAUCUUCAAGUACCUUUCAUUAGAAGCUGGAGAACGGGGAGUCUCUGGAUUUGGGGACCUGCCACCCUCUCAUUCAACAAGCUUCAGCCACUGCCCUGUGGAAGAUUUGUUCCCUGGACGCCGGUAUGAUGGUGGGCUGGACUCUGGUUUCCACAGUGUUGACAGUGGAAGUAAGAGGUGGUCUGGAAAUGAGCUGACAGAUGAAUUUUCAGAACUAUCUUUUCGUAUCUCAGAAUUGACUCAAGAGCCUCGGGGGAUUAGGGAGCAGAGGGAAAAUCAUAUAGGUGAUGGGGACCCUGAACAAAUUGACUUCAUAGACAGCAAUGUACCUGGGGAGGAGGAGGAGAGAGGUCCUAUUGAGGAGCAGCAGCUGGCAGAGCAAAAGAUCCCAGAGAUGCAAGUAGAAAAGCCUGCUAGUGCUAGAUUGGAGGAGCAAGCUGGGGAAGAACGUCGUCGGCCAGAGACUCUGCAGCUGUGGCAAGAUCGAGAGAGGAGGCAACAGCAGCAGGGAGGCUUGUGGGGACUCCCCAGAAAGGAGAGUUUCCUGAAAAUGGCAAACAAAAGUAGUGAUGGAAGUGCUACAUGCAUAGCCUCCUACAAUAAUCCCUUUAAGAGAAGUGGCCCCCAGUUUGGAGCCCCUGAACCUAACCCUUCUUCCCUGGACCCUCACCAGACAGCCUGUUCAGCCACUGGCCCAUCUUUCCAGCCACUUGGUUCCUUCCAAAAGCCAAAUAGUUUCCUAUUCCGUUCAUCUUCUCAGAGCAGCUCAGGCCCACUUUCAUCAGAGCCCAUUCUGAGGCCAAGAAGGUCCCACCAGUCAAUGGACAAGGAAGAAUUAAUGACUCAACUCCGACAGGUCCUUGAAUCUUGCUUACAACAAUCCCUGCCUGAGGAUUUAGUUGAUGCUCUGGCUAAUGGUGUUGUCCUGUGUCAGUUAGCCAACCACCUCCGUCCACGUUCUGUGCCCUUCAUCCAUGUACCCUCACCUGCUGUGCCAAAACUUAGUGCUCUCAAGGCUCGAAAGAAUGUGGAGAGUUUCUUAGAAGCCUGUCGAAAGAUGGGAGUACCUGAGGCUGACCUGUGCCUGCCCUCCGACCUCCUCCAGGGUACCACACAGGGGCUACGUACCACGAUGGAGGCUGUGAAGUGUGGUGGGAGGGAGGGCCCCCUGCCCCUUGGGCUCUCUCCCAGCCUGGGUGGCUUCGCCUUAUUCUACGUGGUCCUCAUGUUCCUGCUCUAUGUCACCUACGCUGGGCUUCUAGGCUCCUAGGACCUUGGAGUCUGAACAUCCUCAAACCUUUUGUGCCUAUUUAUGACAGUUCCUUCCCCCACUACCCACUCCCCUCAAAAAAAAUUUUGACUGUGGGGACUUAACUCAGUUACCCUUUUCCUAUUCUUUCUGACCAAUGAUGCCUUUUGCCUUCACAAAGCUUUACUGCUUCCUCUUUCCAUAUAUGUAUACAAUGACUUCAGGAGUCUCAUGCUGCCUCAUCCCCCUUCACCAUGGGCCCUUAUCCUCACUUAUUGUGGAUUCUCUUCAUUCCCUCUGGUUCUGGAUUCUUUAGAGAGGCUUUGGGCCCCCUGCACUCUGUUCUACCUCUUUUCUCCCUUUUCCUCUUACCUUCCCCCUCCACCCAGUCCUCUCCUGUUAAAUUAUCUUUAUUUUGUAGAGAAAUCAUUAUAUUUUUAGGGAAUGGUAGGGCCCUUGCCCAAGACUCCCUCUUUGUUUAUAAAUUGUAUAGACCUUGA